AUGACAACCACAACCGUAUCACUAAUACCAAAAGAAAUUUUAGAUUUAAUUCCGCUAUAUAGUGGUGAUAAAAGACAGUUAAAUCUUUACUUACAAAAAUGUCAAUACGUGAUUGAGCAUUAUAAUGGCAACGAGGAACAAAAUCUUUACGUUUUUAAUGCUUUAACGAGUAGACUAAGAGAUGAUGCAGCUGCGCUUUUAUCCGAACGAGAGGACAUUGUAACAUGGUCCACUUUAAAAACUCUGUUAAUCCAACAUUUUGGAGACCAUCGCAGCGAAGAGUGCAUUAAUAUUGAGUUAGAAUCUUUAAAAAUUAUUCCAGGUGAAACCUUUCUCGAAUUUUGUAACAGAAUACAAGGUGUUCGUUCAUUAUUAAUGUCGAAGGUCAAUUCAAUUCAUGAUCCAGAUUUAAAACUUGCGAAGUCAGUUAUUUAUAAUAAUACAGCCUUAAAUGUGUUUUUAUAUAACCUCCCGGAAAAUAUGGUGCGUUUAGUUAGGCUUAAAUCACCCACAACUUUAGAAGCAGCCCUAAGUAUUCUUCUCGAGGAAGUAAACUUCUUAGAGCAAUAUAAAAUGCGUAAUCAUAUACAUGGUAAUAGCCAAAUUAUGGGUUCAAGGCCAUCGAUGACACAACAAUUUGAUCACAAGCCCAGCUUACCUUUUUAUCCUCAAUUCAAUUUCAAUAAUUCUCAAAAGACACCUCAAAUUCAGGGUCAAGGUCAACUACCAAGGCCAUCGUUCGGUUAUAGACCUCAGUUAGGUUUCCAAUCGCAGCAAUUGGGGUACAGACCGUCGCAACAAUUUGGGUACAGACCUUCGCAACAAUUUGGAUACAGGCCUCCGCAAAAAUUUGGAUACAGGCCUCCGCAAGAACUUGGAUACAGACCUCCGCAACAAUUUGGAUACAAACCUCCACAGCAAUUCGGGUAUAAGCCCCCACAACAACUAGGCUCAGCCAAAAAUGCAACAAGAAUUUAA